AUGACCAUUCGUUCCUUCCCCAUCGCCAUCGUCACCCUCGCUUCUCUUCAGAAGAUCAGAAUCGUGAUGAGCAACACCACUGAGUGCGACGCUGGAUGUGCUGCUACCUAUCCCGGGUCCUAUUGUAAGUACUGGCAGACACCUAGCACGUGCUUUGGCUCAAAUGAACCAUGCUCCUGCGGAACGAGUGGAACGACUGAAGCUCCCCGUAACUGUGAUGCUGGUUGUGCUUCGGAUACCCCCGGCUCCUAUUGCAAGUACUGGGCUAAACCCAGCCUCUGUCAUUCAUCCAAUGCGCCAUGCACAUGCGAGGUUGAUCCAGUUACCACUACUUCUGGUGAAACCACCGAUGAGGUCACAGAGACUCCUGUGGUUCAAGAAAGCACUACAGACGUCAUCGAGGAAACUA